AUGAUGAGCUGUAGCAGUCUUCACACUGUCGGUGCAGUGGAGUGGCUAGACUUCACACCAAUAUCAUUGUCAAAUUGUUCUGCAUUUAAGGGGCCUGAUUUUGCUCAAAAUGAUCUCAUUGGAACAGUUCCUGCUACAUUAGGAAGAUUGAGAAAUGUUUAUAGGAUUAAUUUUGAGAACAACAGACUAGGAAAUGGAAAUGCCAGUGACCUGAAUUUUUUCAGGUCUUUGCCUAAUUGUUCUAUCCUAGAGGUUUUUGGUAUGGGUGGCAAUUAUUUUGCAGGAGAACUGCCUCCAUCCAUAGUUAACCUUUCAUACUUUAUGCGUAUAUUUACUAUUUCUGGGAAUUUCAUACAUGGAAAUAUUCCAAAUGGGAUAGAGAACCUUGUUAACUUGAUCCUUCUAGGAUUGGGAAAUAACGGGUUAGGGGGCAGUGUCCCUGAAGCAAUAGGAAAGCUUCACGAGUUACAGGUAGUGUCCAUGGAUGGAAAUAAGUUUUCUAGGUCAAUACCUCGUCCCUUGGGUAACUUAACUGCAUUGACCAUUCUUUUCAUGCAAGAGAACAUGUUUGAGGGAACCAUACCACGUAGCCUCGGGAACUGCAAAAAUUUGAUCACCCUUAACCUAUCUAGUAAUAGUCUGAAUGGCACCAUUCCCAAAGAGGUCAUUGACCUUUCUUCCCUUUCAAUUUCUCUAUCACUGUCUGAUAAUUUCUUGGCUGGUACCUUACCAUCUGAAGUGAGCCACUUGAAAAAUCUUGGCGAGUUGGAUUUAUCAGAAAAGAAGUUAUCUAGUGAGUUGCCUAGCAAUCUUGGAGAAUGUAUUGGUUUGGAACACCGACAUUUGGAGGCCAAUGGAUUUGAAGGUACAAUUCCUCAAACUUUGAAAAAGAUUAGAGGUUUGGAAGAAAUGGAUCUUUUGCGCAAUAGCUUUUCUAGGUUGAUUCCAAAAUUUCUUGGUGAACUUUUAACUCUCAAGCUUCUCAAUCUUUCUUAUAACAAUUUUUAUGGUGAAUUGCCAAGUGAAGGGAUUUUUUCAAAUGCCACUGCAGUUUCAAUUAUUGGAAAUGACAAACUUUGCAGUGACGUCCCAAAAUUGCUUUUAUCUCCAUGCCUUAAGCGAAAGCACAAUUCAACUAGAAAAAUAUUUUCUCCAAAGGUUGUAAUCCUAGUAACUUGUGCUACUAUAUUGUUAGUUGUGUAUUGA